AUGGCUGGCCUGUGGAAAUUGGCGGCACCAUCUUUUUUAAACGCCACCUGUUUGGUGGGCAUCCAAAAAAGGCUAUACUCGACAAAUCCACUUGUGACAAAAUUGGAAGAGCUGAUCCCGAUUAGAAGAAGGCUUGUUGAACGCAUCAAAUCCGAGCAUGGAAGCAAGAUCUUGGGAAAUGUUAGCGUCGAUAUGGCAUAUAACGGAAUGAGAGGCAUUAAGGCAUUGAUAUACGAGACCUCUUUGCUGGACCCCGAAGAGGGCAUCCGAUUCCGAGGACUGACAAUUUCGCAAUGCAGGGAAUUGCUGCCAAAGGCGCAGAAUGGAGGCUCUGAACCGCUUCCAGAGGUCAUUUUUUGGCUUCUUCUGACAGGCGAGAUCCCAACAUGCACGCAAGUCGAAGCGCUUUCCGAUGAUUGGGCUCGUCGCGCAGCAGAAAAUCCCAUCCCCGACUAUGUGCUAGCUGCCAUUGAUUCUUUUCCGCCCUCUUUGCAUCCAAUGAGCCAGCUGAGCUCGGCCGUAUUAAUGCUGCAGAACAGGAGCGAGUUUGCACGUCAAUACAAAGCUGGCGACCUAAAAAGGCAAAAUUAUUGGCUCCCUGUUUUCGAGGAUGUUAACAACCUAAUUUCUCAUCUUCCUCAACUGGCAUCCAGGAUUUAUCGAAAUGUAUUUAAGAAGCAUUGUCCGGUGGUCCCUGCCGAUCCAAAAAUCAUAGACUGGGCGGGUCGCUUUGCCCAAUCACUUGGGAUUACAGAUGGAAACUUUCUUGAUCUGAUGAGACUGUAUAUAUGUAUCCACACAGAUCACGAGGGUGGAAAUGUAUCUGCACAUGCCAUUCAUCUGGUUGGCUCCUCGCUUUCGGACCCAUAUUUAGCCUAUUCUGCCGGGCUCAACGGACUGGCUGGGCCUUUGCAUGGCCUUGCCAAUCAAGAGGUGCUCGAAUGGUUGAUGAAGAUGAAACAAUGCCUUGGCGAAGGCCCUACCGACGAGCAGGUUGAGGAAUAUUUAUGGAAGUGUUUGAAAAAUGGCCAAAUUGUUCCUGGAUACGGCCAUGCUGUGUUGCGAAAAACGGACCCUCGAUAUCUUUGUCAACGCGAAUUUGCGCUAAAAAACAUGCCCGACGAUCCACUUUUCAAAAUCACCAGCCAGCUCUAUAAGUUGGCACCAAAAGUAUUGGCCCUUCAUGGAAAGACAAAAAAUCCUUGGCCCAACGUGGACGCCCAUUCUGGAGUAUUGCUGCAUCAUUACGGAUUAUCAGAGCAAGAUUUUUAUACCGUUCUGUUUGGAAUUUCACGAGCACUUGGCGCGCUUUCUGGGCUGAUUUGGGAUAGAGCCCUUCUUUUCCCAAUUGAGCGUCCCAAAAGCCUUACAUCUGAAGCGAUAAUGCAAAUGUUUGAAGGCCCGCAAAUACCCGUGUCUUCAUCAUGCCGAUAA